UGAGGGGGUGGGGCCAUGCAGAUGUCCGCCGUCAGUGACAAGAUGGCGGCGGCGGUGGCGGCGCGGCGGGCGCAGCUGGUGCUGGGGCACCUCUCUGGGGCCGCCCCGAGCCCCGCGGCCGCCCCGAGGGCUGUGCCCUGUGCCGGGGGCCCCCCGCGGGCCGCCAGCCCCGACGACGUGGUGGUGGUGCACGGCCGCAGGACCGCCAUCGGCCGCGCCAAGCGCGGCGGCUUCAAGGACACGACACCCGACGAGCUGCUGGCUGCUGUGAUGACAGCUGUCCUCCAGGAUGUCAACCUCCGUCCUGAGGCCCUGGGAGACAUCUGUGUGGGGAAUGUGCUGCAGCCUGGAGCUGGUGCCUUGAUUGCAAGAGUUGCACAGUUUCUGAGUGGUAUUCCAGAGACAGUUCCGUGCUCCAGUGUGAACCGGCAGUGCUCCUCAGGUCUCCAGGCCAUUAUCAAUAUAGCUGGUGGCAUCCGAAAUGGAUCGUAUGACAUUGGCUUGGCCUGUGGUGUGGAAACAAUGUCCCUCAGAAGUGCAAAUAAUCCUGGUGAUAUCAGUUCCAGCAUGAUGGACAACAGCAAAGCUCGAGACUGCCUUAUUCCUAUGGGAAUAACCUCAGAAAAUGUGGCAGAGAAGUUCGGGGUUUCCCGGAAGAAGCAAGAUGCCUUUGCCUUGGCUUCCCAGCAGAAAGCAGCAAAAGCUCAGCAGAUGGGACUGUUUAAAACUGAGAUUGUUCCAGUGAAGACCACUGUUACAGAUAAUCAGGGCAACCAAAAAACAAUCACAGUGAACCAAGAUGAAGGGAUUAGGCCCUCCACGACCCUGGAAGGCUUGGCCAAGCUGAAACCUGCCUUCAAAGAGGACGGAAGCACUACAGCAGGUAAUGCCAGCCAGGUCAGCGAUGGAGCAGCUGCUGUUCUCCUGGCAAAACGCUCGAAGGCAGCUCAGCUGGGACUCCCAGUCCUGGGGGUGCUCCGGUCCUUCGCUGUGGUGGGGGUCCCACCUGAUGUGAUGGGCAUUGGGCCAGCUUAUGCCAUCCCUGUUGCUGUGGAAAAGGCAGGUCUGACUCUGAAUGACAUUGAUAUAUAUGAAAUUAAUGAAGCCUUUGCAAGCCAGGCUGUGUACUGUGUUGAAAAGCUGGGCAUUCCCAUGGAGAAGGUGAACCCCCUGGGAGGAGCAAUAGCACUGGGGCACCCCCUGGGCUGUACUGGUGCUCGCCAGGUCGUCACUUUGCUCAACGAGCUGAAGCGCAGAGGGAAGAGAGCCUAUGGAGUUGUGUCCAUGUGCAUUGGAACUGGCAUGGGUGCUGCAGCUGUGUUCGAGUACCCGGGGAAGUAACUCCAGUACUGGCAGAACAACACAACAGCUCAUUCUCUGCCUUCCCUAGUGAUAGCAAAUGAUUUGCACUGUGAAAUCAAGUGAGAUUCAUUACUAGAUUUACAAAUUUUAGGCAGAAAUUGUGAAGUAGAAUUAAUGGAACAGCUCUGCUAAGCAGGUGGGGACAUGCAAAACUAGCCCGUGGCUUCCAGACAUGAGAAAUUAGCUCAGCUGAAGUUCAACUACAGGCCCUGGUCUGCUGAUUAUGAAUUAAUAUUUUUAAAUUAAUUGAUCUCUUUAUUCUGUGAAUAUUAUCAAAGAGAAGUAGUUCACAGGACAGUAUUUUUGUAUGGCAAAUUGUCUAAAAGGGUCACUCAAAAUGAAAACAUCAGUGCACAUGAAAAGGCUUUUCCAGGUGGGUGUUUUUUUUUUUUUUUUAAGAUUUAACCAUUUUUCAAGAAGUUUAAAACAGCUUGUUUUGAAGCAAAGACUUCAGAUUUCCUUUACAACUGUGUCUGUCGUAUGCAAGUCAUAAGUUGUGUGUGUCUGACAUUGUCCCUACAGUGGAGGAUGUGCUGUAGCUUGCUGCUGUUGGAGUUGCUCUGAAGCCUCCAGUGGGGGAAAGUGGAAGGACUGGAAUGUAAUCUCCAAGGAAGUGCCUGAAUAGAAAGGUUCUGUUGGAUUGCUAGAAGCCAGGAAUUUGGAAGUGGCCAUUCCAUCUUUUACAACACGUCUAAUUAUCUGUUUGCAUGACUCUAUGGAUAAACUUGUGCUUAAUCUUAUUUACUUACCUAACAUAAAGCAAAGUUCAGCAUUACACUUACUGCAAGCACCACAUGAACAUCAGUGACAGCUCAGUCCUUCAGUACUAACACAAAUGUGUGUUAGAUCUUGUGUCCCUUAUCUGUUCUCUCUGAUCUGAACAGGAAGAUCACUGAAGCUCAGAGUUAAUGGCUUGAAAAAGAAAUGUACUCAUUGACUUUGAUGUGUUAGAAAUGUUUAAGUUUGUAACAAACAGAAGUUCUUUGUCCUGACUCUUGUUUUUGCACUUAAUAAUACAAUUGGGUUCUUGCAAUA